GAUCCAAGCUUAAACUUUUCUCCUCCGCUGAGACGGGGCCAGAUCCCAUCCAACACAGUUUAAUUUUCAUGGGGCUCUGGGAUCAAAAGAACAGAAACAGCAACAACAAAAGCCCAGCCGCAGUCUGAUUUAAAACUGGCAAAGUGAGAAAAGUAGUGUUGAGUAAACAGAUCAAGUUGGACAUGGGGAGUUUCAAAGGUCAUGCCCUCCCUGGAACCUUCUUCAUUAUCAUGGGUAUUUGGUGGACCAUCAAGUGCAUUCUGAAGUAUGCCUUCAAAAAGCACAAAAGGACUUCCUACCUUGGCUCCAAAGCAUUAUUCCAUCGAAUAGAAAUUUUUGAGGGAAUGGUAUUAAUUGGCAUGGCCAUCACUGGCAUGCUCGGGGAGCAGUUUAUUCCUGGUGGGCCCCACUUAGCCUUAUAUGACUAUAAAGAGGGCCAGUGGGUCGAACUCUUGAGCUGGCAUCAUUUCACCAUGUAUUUCUUCUUUGGGCUGCUGGGUGUGGCGAACAUCUUGUGUUUUAUCAUCAGUUCACUUCCCACCUCCUUAACCAAGUUAAUGUUGUCGAAUGGCUUAUUCGUGGAGGCUUUUGUCUUGUACAAUCACACUCAUGGCCGGGAAAUGCUGGACAUCUUUGUGCACCAGCUGCUGGUCUUGGCUGUCUUUGUGGCAGGCCUGAUUGCCUUCUUGGAGCUCUUCAUACGGACCAAUGUCACUGUGGAACUUCUUCGGACAAGCUUUAUCCUGCUUCAGGGGAGCUGGUUUUGGCAGAUUGGUUUUGUCCUUUAUCCCCCCAGUGGAGCUCCUGCAUGGGAUGCAAUGGAUCAUGACAACAUCAUGUUUCUUACCAUAUGCUUUUGUUGGCAUUAUGCAUUAAACAUUGUUGUUGUUGGAAUGAUUUAUGCCUUUGUCACUUGGUUGGUUAAAUCUCGACUUCAGAGGUUCUGCCCCUCAGAAGUUGGACUCCUGAAAAAUGCUGAACGAGAACAAGAAUCAGAAGAAGAGAUGUGAUUUUGAUGGGCAUUUUAGUUUUUCUGGAUGAACUUCUCUUUUCUGGAUUAGUUUUGUUCAUGGUUUUGUUUUUUGGCCUUUUGCUUGGAGAACAGACAGCUGAAGGUGAUUCUUGGUAUAUUGUUUGUAUUUCCAAUUUGGUUAAAGUAUUUGAAUUCAAAUAUUUUAUUUUUAGGUUUGUAAGUACUUUGGGUGAUAAAAAUGCAUUUUGCACAUUAGUCAUGGUAUUUGGGGCCUGGAGCGGCUAUUCUCAGAUCAUCUAAAGUUAAAAUCCACGCUAAGAAAAAUUUUUUAUUUGCAUUAUAGAUAUGCUCAAGGUUCCUGGGCUUACUACCAUUUGUAACUCAUUAAACAUGAAAUUACACCUGUUUAUCCUGUUGCUACAAUGAGAAAUAAAUGAA